AUGUCCGCACCUGCAGCACCAUACAUACCAGAACCCGGUCAUAUCGCCGCCAUACAUUCGAGCGUGCUAGCACCAUUCGUAGUACUCUUCGACAUGGACAAGCCAGGAUCACAGGCAUCGGAAGAUUCGUCACUCGGCGAUCUCGGGACGGGUCUCAAAUUUCGGCCAUGUAUUGUGAUGAGCGCCGCGCCUGGGGAAGAAGUUACGAUCUGCAUCAUGACUACAUGGGGCGGCGCAUCUCUGGCGCAACUUCCGGACGUAUAUCAACACUUUAGCAUAGUCGUCAACCAAGGUGCUGACGAUUACGCUGGCAUCGUCGUAAACACGACACCCACGUGGCAAGUAAAAGGGGGAAGGACACAAUACUUGAUUCCGAUAGCCUAUGCACCAUGUUGGGCGCUACAUAGGCAAUGGAUGAAGGAAAAAGUGCCCUACGUGGCCACCCCGGAGCAAAUGGAUCGAGUCGACUGGUUUCGGUAUCAUCUCCUGCGGAUCUGGAUGGAUUGCCGUGAUAGUGAACCAGGAUUUGUAGCGGAAGAGCAGCGGAAAUGGCUGGUAUGUUCUUCACACAAACGGUACCAUGCAAAUCACAGUGAUACUAAGCGGAUUGAGCGUAGAAACAUGAAAUCGAACGCGGAAUAA